AUGCCUGAGGUGACGGACGGCUGCUCGCUGGCCUCCCCGGCGUCCGCGUGUCGCACCCGGCACCUGCACCUGCGCUGCGGCGUGGACUUCGCGCGCCGGGCGCUGCGCGGGACGGCCGCGCUCACGGUGCAGGCGCGGGAGGGCCCCCUGCGCCGGCUGGUUCUGGACACGAAGGACCUUGCCAUAGAGCGCGUGGUGAUCGGCGGACAGGAAGCCAAGUUCACCCUCGGAGAGAGCCAGGCCCACAAGGGCUCGCCCCUGGAGAUCACGGCCCCCGUCGCACUGAGCAGAGACCAAGAGGUUGUCAUAGAAAUCUCCUUCGAGACGUCUCCCAAAUCUUCCGCUUUGCAGUGGCUCACUCCCGAGCAGACUUCUGGGAAGAAACACCCAUACCUCUUCAGUCAGUGCCAGGCCACCCACUGCAGAGCGAUUCUUCCAUGUCAGGACACUCCAUCUGUGAAAUUAACCUACACGGCAGAGGUGUCUGUCCCCAAAGAGCUGGUGGCACUUAUGAGUGCCAUUCGUGAUGGAGAAGCGCCCGACCCUGGAGACCCGAGCCGGAAGGUGUACAGGUUCAGCCAGAAGGUCCCGAUACCCUGCUAUCUGAUUGCGCUCGUUGUUGGAGCUUUGGAAAGCAGGCAAAUCGGCCCAAGAACUUUGGUGUGGUCUGAGAAGGAGCAGGUGGAGCAGUCUGCUUACGAAUUUUCCGAGACGGAAUCCAUGCUUAAAAUCGCAGAGGAUCUGGGAGGCCCGUACGUAUGGGGCCAGUACGACCUGCUGGUCCUGCCGCCGUCCUUCCCCUACGGGGGCAUGGAGAACCCCUGCCUGACCUUUGUGACUCCCACCCUGCUGGCCGGUGACAAGUCACUCUCUAAUGUGAUCGCCCAUGAAAUCUCUCACAGCUGGACAGGGAAUCUGGUGACCAGCAAGACGUGGGAUCACUUCUGGCUGAAUGAAGGGCAUACUGUGUACCUGGAGCGCCACAUUUGUGGCCGCUUGUUUGGUGAGAAGUUCCGACAUUUCCACGCCCUGGGAGGAUGGGGGGAGCUGCAGAACACGAUCAAGACUUUCGGGGAGACUCACCCUUUCACCAAGCUUGUGGUCGACCUGGCGGACGUGGACCCCGACGUUGCGUAUUCCCCCGUGCCCUAUGAAAAGGGCUUCGCUUUGCUUUUCUACCUUGAACAGCUGCUUGGAGGCCCAGAGGUUUUCCUGGGCUUCCUAAAGGCGUAUGUUGAGAGAUUCUCCUACAAGAGCAUCACCACCGACGACUGGAAGGCCUUCCUCUACUCCCACUUCAAGGACAAGGUCGACCUCCUUGAUCAGGUGGAUUGGAACGCCUGGCUCUACGCCCCAGGACUGCCCCCCGUCAAGCCCGCUUACGACAUGACUCUGACCGACGCGUGUGUCGCCUUAAGCCAGAGAUGGGUCACUGCCAAAGAAGAAGAUUUAAGUUCAUUUAGCGCCACAGACCUGAAGGACCUGUCUUCUCACCAAGUGAAGGAGUUUCUGGCCCAAGUGCUUCAGAAGGCGCCCCUCCCGCUGGGGCACGUGAAGCGGAUGCAGGAGGUCUAUGACUUCAACGCUGUCAACAACUCCGAAAUUCGGUUCAGGUGGCUGCGGCUCUGCAUCCAGUCCGGGUGGGAGGACGCUGUUCCCCUGGCCCUGGCGAUGGCCACGCAGCAGGGGCGGAUGAAGUUCACGCGGCCCUUGUUCAGGGACCUCGCCGCCUUCGACAAGUCCCGCGAGCAGUCCGUCCGCGCCUUCCUGGAGCACCGCGCCCGCAUGCACCCCGUGACGGCGAUGCUGGUGGGGAAGGACCUCCAGGUGGGCUGAAGGCCUGCACUGGCUCUGGCUUCUGCCGCGGCUGGCCUCACGAGCAUCUCUUUCCAGAACCGUGAACUCGGCCUGCCUGUGACAAAGCAUGCCUUUUCGUCUUGGCUUUUUGUCGCUUUUGGUUUGGGCUUUCUAUCACUUGGGCGGUGAUUUUGCUAAAAUAAAGCUGCCUCUUUCAGUA